AUGAAUCUGGGUUUGCUUCUGUUUUUCGCUGGCAGCUUGAGAUCAGGGUGGACCAUUCCAUUAGAAGAUCUUGAGAAAAUCCCCCUGGAUUUCUCCAUUAACAACAGCCCGCUUCUCACCACCUUCAUGGGCACCAGUUUUAUUAUUAAUAUUCCAAAAUGUGUCACUUCCUCCAAGUUUAAAUCAACCAAAGUCAGAGUAGCAGUGGCACAACUUCCGGAUGCAUCCACUUUACCAGGUGUAACAGAUACCGAACAGAUUGAGAAUAUCCGUAGGACUCCUCAGGCCCAGGUGUAUUUCGUGGAUGAAUUCAAAAGCGCUUCCUGCAGAGUGACCAGGGAACUUCUGGUUCUUGACCUGGACGAUAGCCAAUAUAAGUUGAUCAGUGUGGUAGGCUACCAGGUGGGAACAGAGUUCUGCCGUCAAACCAAAGGUCCCUUCUGCAACCAACCUCUUAAACCUUCUACUUAUUAUAGGGUGAACUACUUUUUUUUGGAUGACAAGUCUGUCAUAAGAGCACAUACAGAUUGGUCAACAGCCAUACAGACCAGGAAUGUGACCAACUAUGAAUCAGCCGAUAUAAUGUUUGAACGGGCAGGAGGCAUGAUUAUAAUUACUAUUUUGGUCUCUGUGGGAGGAGCUGUCCUUCUAAUUGCACUAAUUGUAGCAGCUGUACUUUCUAAUAAGAAGUAG